AUGGCAGCGUCUGGGGCUGCUAAUGGAAUGAACAGUAAGCUCGUCUAUUGCGACCAAACCGAGUUGCGUAAUGUUUCAUCAAAUUCUGGUGUGCGCACGGUGGACGUUCAGGCCGUGGAGGGGAUGGUAGCACAAUUCCCAUGCGACCUCGGCACUGCGGCUAAUGACAAAGUAUACAUGGUGUUCUGGUUCAGGGAUGACGCUGGCAUUCCAUUAUACAGGUGA